GAGUUUAAAUAUACCGUACAUGUGAACAACAGGUACUGCAAAGAGGAAAAUAAACAGAGUGUAGUAUAUACUGUUGCAGCUAUAGAGACAGUGUGGAUUUAAAAAAUGUGCUUAUCUGCAAUGCGGGAGAUUAAAAGAUUGUGAAUUAAUUGGGACUACACCCUUAGUUUAUGAGAGGAACGUUAAAGAGCCUGAAGACAGUGGGAAAGAAGCUGUUGCUGAAUUUGAUGUGAGGGACCUAAAGUUUCUUCCGAGAUAUCCAGGAAGAUGGGUUCCAUUAAUUUGGAGGACACAUCCAUUAACGCAAGCUUUUACGGUGAGGAAUAUAACUACACCGACAUUGACCUCUCUCCCUACCUUCCCUGUAUAAAAGAGGAAGUCAAAGCCUUUGGAAAGAUUUUCCUCCCGGUCCUGUACAUUACGGUGUUUAUUUUUGGGAUGUUGGGCAACAGCUUUCUCGUCCUCAUGAUCGUCAAGUAUCUCAAGCUGAAAACAAUGACCGACAUCUAUCUGCUGAAUUUGGCCAUUUCCGACCUUUUAUUCGCUGUCUCCCUUCCUUUCUGGGCCAUGUAUUUGACCUCAGAGUGGCUCUUUGGAAACGCCAUGUGUAAAAUAAUAAGCGCCGUCUACACCGUGAAUUUCUACAGCGGUAUCUUCUUCAUAGCUUGCAUGAGUAUGGACAUGUAUCUGCAAAUUGUCCACACCAUCUCCAUGAAGAACCACAGAACAAUUCGCAAGAGCAUCAUCAUCAGCGCUGUGGUCUGGACCUUGGCAAUGAUGCUCACGAUUCCUGAAUUCAUCUUCAGCCAGUCCAGGAAAGUCGGCGAUAGGUACACCUGCCUCAGUCAUUAUGGCAGCGACCAACUAGUCUUCUGGAAGAUAACAAUCCAACUCCAGAUCAACAUCAUUGCUUUUGUCAUUCCCUUCUUUGCCAUGAUUUUCUUUUAUACCAGGAUUGCGUCCGUCCUCCUCAAGUCCAGGUCGUUCAGCAAGGACAAAGCCUUGGGACUGGUUGUCAUGUUGGUCACCGUGUUCUUUGUGUUGUGGUUCCCUUACAACAUUGUCCUUUUGUUGCACUCCCUGGAGGAUAUCGGCGUGAUCAGCGGCUGCGAGGUGAGCAAGAGGCUGGAUUACGCUCUACAGGUGACGGAGUCCAUUGCCUUCACUCACUGCUGCUUCAACCCGUUCCUCUAUGCUUUCGUGAAUGAAAGGUUCAGGAGGCACCUGAAGAGUAUGCUAAUGAAGAUCUCCAAGAAGACCGGUUGCUACAAGGACCUGGGAAUCGUUGUGGCCACUGCUCCAGAGCAAAGUGAACUCAGCAAGCAGCAAUACUGCGUGUGCUCUGAUGUGGAAAUGACUGUGGUGUAGGCAUGACUUGGAGACACAUAAAACAUAGAACAGUACAGCACAAGAACAGGCCCUUCGGCCCACAAUGUCAUGUAGGAUCAUAUAGGACCAGCAUUAAGCCAUUCGACUCAUCAAGUCUACAUCAACAUUCAAUCAUGUCUAUUUUUCCCUCUCAACCCCAUUCUCCUGCCUUCUCCCCAUGUCCCCUGAUACCCGCACUAAUUAUAUUUGCCUCCACCACCAACCCUGGCAGUGUGAUUCAGGCACCCACCAUAAUCUAUGUAAAUAAGUCGCCCCAUACAUCUCUCUGAGUGAUCCCCGCACACGGUGAUGAGCGGAAGUCAUUCUUCCUUUCUUAGAAACAGAUGUUGAAUUGGAUCUUCACGUCCGAAGAUGCUUCAACUUGCCAGCGUGUACAGAGCACUUGUGAACUAACAAGAUACAUCGUAAACAUAUUGUUCUACUAUCAGCCAAAGGGACUAAGCUUUUUUUCAUAGAACCUGUUAAGCUUCCCCUUCCAAAACACUUACAUUCACAACAUUGACGUGCCCACGAAUAACUCCAUGUCUCUGGUGUCUCCAAUCUCAUCACUUCAUUCUUUCCCAGAUGAGUCCGACUGAACCAUGGAAUCAUUGAAAUGUUAUGGCAUAGAAUCUGCCCAGAGUCUAUGGUGGCACCUACAAGGUUGUUCUCAUCGUCCCAUUCUCACACACCCUUCCCAUGACCCAGCAGAUCACCUAUUUCUCAGGUGGACACAAGGUGCUGGAGUAAUCCAGCAGGUCAGGCAGUAACUUUAGUUUUAGUUUAGUUUAGAGAUACUGUGCAGAAACAGGCCCUUCGGCACAUCGAGUCCGCACA